AUGCUACAACUCAGAAGCCCAUUUUCCCCCAUUUUCCCCCAACAAUCAAAUGGCUCUUUUCGCCCCUCCCACGCCCUUAUUCUCCCCAUGUCUCAGGCUCCGCCGCCACCUCCGCCGCUGACCCCUCUAUUCUCCGCCGAUCCCAACUCUCCCCCGCCUCCCAAUGACGUCUCCGGCAUCAGCCCCGGCUACGCCAUCGCCGUCGCCCUCGGAUUCAUCGUGCUCUCCUCCGCCACUGUCUUCUCCGUCUACUUAUGCUUCCGAUCCGGCGCCGCCCGCCGCCGCCGCCAGAGCACAAAUCCCUAUCCCGGCCCGAACCGGCCGGUCGAGAUCAGCACCUACCGCCUCCCGCGCGUGAUCUUCGUCGCCGAGGACGACGACGGCGGCGGCGGAGGGUUUCAGGAUGAUGCCGUCGGGCUAGAUCCGGCGGUCAUCAGCACGUACCCGAAGAUCGCGUACGCGAGCGUCAGCGGUGGGGAUCGUGGGAACGACGCUGUUUGCGCGAUAUGUCUGGGCGAGUACGGGGAGAAGGAGGUGCUGAGGGUGCUACCCGACUGCGGCCACCGUUUCCACGUGAUGUGCGUGGACGCGUGGCUGAAGAUGAGGGCGUCUUGUCCCGUCUGCCGGAGUUCGCCGCUGCCGACGCCGAUGUCGACGCCGCUACAGGAGGUGGUGCCGCUGGCUCAACACACCACCCAUCGUCGCCCCACAACCACCAAACGCUGGUGCUCCGUCGUCUCAUCUGCCGCCGCGCAUCUGCUCGUUGUUGACAACUUCGUGGCCUCAGUCCGCUCCGCACCGCUUCAGCUGCCGUAUACACCUACCACAGUGUCGCGCCACCUCAAAUUCGUUAAUCAUCUGCCCAUCCGGAGACCUGAGAUUGUCGGCGAACCAGACACAAACGACUUAACUCUUCCACAGUUAUCGGUCAGCAGAGACAUGGCAGAGCGAACUCCCAUUGUCCAGCGUCGCAGCUUCGUGGUCCGCGAUGGACCCUGA